CUAUCUCUCUCUGUCUCUCCCCCCUCCCUCUCUCUCUUUCUCUCUCUCUUUCUCUCGCUCUCAGUCGGUGGCGAUUUGCCUUUGCCGACUAUACAAUCCAACAUGGAGUGAACGCGGAGCGGCGAUGGGGCUCGCGCAGGGCCGUCCUCACCGAGAGCAGCUCGCGACUGCAGCCGCGUCGUUGUCGCCGCGCGCGUGCUCAUCACAGACCGGAGACUCCGACGUCCGCGAGACCCUCGGGUUGGAUUAUACGGUGUCGCGCGCUGGUUAAAGUGCAAAACGAAAAGCAAACGAACACGCUGCUGUUCCAUAAAGCUAGAAGAAAGAAAACUGGUGGGGGGGAGAAACACCGAGAAACGGGAUCGGUGGGAGACAAAAUGGAGCCUGGACGCUGGUGCGCGCGCGCUCUGGGAUGUUAUUAUUGUAGGUGAAACGAGGGAGAUAAAAUGACCGAGGAAUCGCAACCAGACGAUGACGACUACCUGGUGCGUGUGAAGGCAGUGGUGAUGACGAGGGACGACUCGAGCGGCGGUUGGCUGGCCCAGGAUGGGGGCGGGCUCAGCCGGGUGGGCGUGUGUAAGGUGGCUCCAGCCGAUCUGGACCUCCUUGGCCGUAGCGGGUUUCUCAUAUACGGCGAGAGACUCCGAGACAAGCAGGUGAUCCUCAAGUGCUUCCUGAAGAAGGACCUGAUCUACACUAAAGCCACUCCCACCUUCCAUCACUGGCGAGUGGACAACAAAAAGUGCGGCCUGACUUUCCAGAGCCCGGCGGACGCUCGCGCCUUUGACCGUAGCGUCCGGAAGGCUAUCGAAGACCUGACCGAUGGUUCCACCACGUCCUCGUCCACGCUACAGAAUGAGACGGAGCUGGGAGACGACGACGUCUUCACGACUGCCACAGACAGCUCGUCUAACUCGUCGCAGAAGAGGGAGCCGUCGCUGCAGACGCUCGCCCCCAUCGGCUUCUGCGAAUCACGUCACCACCAGUGCAUUCUGGAGCAACUCUACAACCAGCACAGGCACGCUGACCAUUACUUCCUGGACCAGGCGGUGCCGAUGUUCCCCCAUGUUCCUGUGAACUUCCUAGAGGAAGAAGAAGAGCUUGUGCGCAUAAACCCGCGUGAGCGCGCCUGGCUAACGGGCUACGAGGACUACCGUCAUGCCACCACAGGCGCCCACAAACUUCUGUCUCCGGAACCUACGGACGCUUAUGUCUCCUUCGCCAAGAGCGAAGCACCCAAACAUGACUACACGUACCCGUACCCACACCGGCUCUCUGGAGACGACAGGAAAUCAGGCAUCAGCGGUGGCGUAGUGUCGUGCCAGCCUCGGACCCCCUGGCGCACGGAGGAUGAGCGGGUACGCUGCGUGUACUGCAGGGACGUGUUCAGCCCGGCACAGAACCGGCGUGGGCAGUGCCAGGAAGCACCGGACCCGGUGGUGGCGCUCAUACGGCGCGUGAGCUUCAUGUGGUGUGCAGACAGCCUGCUGUACCACUGCAUGGCCGACGCCGAGGGAGAGUACUCAGAGCCGUGCUCCUGCGACCCCAGUGACGGGCGUCUUGUACUGCGCUGGCUCGCACUGCUCGGCCUGUCGCUCAUCGCACCCUGCAUGUGCUGCUACGCACCGCUGCGUGCCUGCCAUCGUUGUGCCGUCGCCUGCCACUGCUGCGGCGCCCGACACAAAGCUGCUGGCUGACGCGGACGAGACAGCGGCGGAGACAAACCCGAACAACUGUCAGACGGCGACUUUUUUGUUGUUGUUUGUUUGUUUUCUCCAGACUUUUUGGUGCCAUUCAGCUUCUAUGCCAUUAACAAGUAAAUUCCUUUAUAUAGUCAUUUAUAUAUAAUAAACUGUAUAUAUACACAAUUGUCUAACGGGCUACAUAUAAAUCUAUACAGAUAAAUAUAUAUAUAUAAAUAUACAUAUAUAAAUCCAGGAACUUUUAUGUUUUUACAAUAUCCUGGAAUUUAGUAUUUUUUUUAUGCUUCUGUUUGGUCCUGUCGCCGUGGCCGGGGUGACGUCUCUCCCGUCUGAGGCAUUAAACUCAUACGUGAAUGUCCAAGCAGACUAAACCUGAUUGACACGUAAUGUCUGUGAUGAAGCGGAGACAAAAAUGUGGAAGUUAUUUUUUUGCUGAAGCCAAAACGAUAUAAGCUGCCGAGCGCGUGUACGGGCCGAAUGUGCCACAGUGAAGUACAACUGUGAUAGAAAAGUGUGUGUGUGUGUGUGUGUGUGUGUGUGUGUGUGUGUGUGUGUGUGUGGGUGUGAAACCUCUGAUAUAGAUUUCUUUAUGAAUGGGUCUUCAACUGUCCUGAUGAUAAUAAUAACUAAAGACAAUAUUUUUAGUAACAGACGCUUUACUUUGCGGUUUGUGUGUAUUUGUGGAUUUUGACAAAAAAACAACAACAUUUAGAUAAAACAUCAUCGUUACAACGAGCAAAACAAGUGAACAUCAUGAACCUUCUGAUGCAAAAUAUACUUUUAUUUCUGUUUCCAUUGACUUUCUUUUUUAAAACAAGAUACUACUAAGGAAGCCACUUGGCUAACGUUCUUUAUUAAAGCGCUGCAGUGCAAAUCGGGACCUGGUCGCACCACAUGACUUUAUAGCGUUGGCAAAUCUGUGAGGUACCAGAACCGGAGUCUGGAGUCGGACCCGCUACACGUUUACUAGCCUCCCUUUAACGUCGUUAACCCUCGAGUAGUCGUCUUUAUAUGUUAGACACAGAUGAAGCCGAUUCAUGUAGAAAUCUGAAAAGAAAACAAAAAACAACUCAGAGGUUCAGACUCACAUCUGUAACAUCUGUAACUUCUCUACUGAAUGUCCAGUUAACACCGCUGUCCAACUUUAAUGUAAAUGUGUGUGUGUGUGUGUGUGUGUGUGUGUGUGUGUGUGUGUGUGUGUGUGUGUGUGUGUACGAUGCCGUAUUUACACUGUGUAUAUUUGAAAUCGAGAACCAGCCUCAAAAUCAAUGUAAUUAUCUACAAGACAAAUAAAAAGCUUUUUUUUUGUCUAAAGCACAAACACACAGGAUAGGAGACAGAACGGACUUUUAAAUGUACACACACACACACACACACACACACACACAAAUUCUGUUCCCUCGUCUCUGCAUCUCCUCCUUCCUCAUUUUUUUCUUCUUCUCCUGUUUCCGAAAGCUUCUGCAAUACAGCGUGUUGUUCAAUAACGAGAAAAAGAGAGAAAUAAGGGUGAAAAAUGCUGUUCUAUUUUUCUAAUGAUAAACAGAAUCAGGAAGCCAACGUGCGUGCGUGCGUGUGUGUGUGUGUGUGCGUGUGUGUGUGUGUGUGUCUGUCCGUCCUGUGGACUCCCUGCUCCUGGAGACAUUAAGACAUUAAAAGAAAAGUGCCUGAA